AUGGUAUUUCACGGUGCAGGAGCCAGGCUAGCUGUAGUGACGUCGCCUGACUUCUUGGAGAGCCACCCACAGUUAGGACCAAGCCCUCAGCAGGACGAGGUCCACGUCAUGGUGAAGUCACCGCCACAGUUAGAUGAAGAAUCCCACCAGGGCGAAUACCAAAGGAAACUCUACAGAGAGCUGCUGAAAAACUACAAUCGCCUGGAGCGGCCUGUGCUGAACGACUCCCAGCCACUGCUUGUAGAGUUGGGGAUGACCUUGCUUCAAAUUAUUGAUGUGGAUGAAAAGAAUCAAGUGCUGAUGACAAAUGCUUGGUUGCAGUUGUAUUGGACUGACACAUACCUCACCUGGAAUCAUUCUGAAUACCCAGGAGUUCAAAACUUGCGCUUCCCUUCUGACCAGAUUUGGGUUCCAGAUAUUCUUCUGUAUAAUAGUGCGGAUGAACGAUUUGAUGCAACCUUCCACACAAAUGUCCUUGUAAAUUCAUCUGGGGUAUGUCAGUACAUCCCACCAGGCAUUCUGAAGAGUACCUGCUAUAUUGAUGUCCGCUGGUUUCCCUUUGAUGUACAAAAGUGUGAUCUGAAAUUUGGUUCCUGGACACACAAUGGUUGGCUUCUUGAUCUCCAGAUGCUUGAAGUGGACAUUUCAACAUACAUUCCAAAUGGAGAAUGGGAUUUAGUAGGGGUACCAGCGAAGAGGAACGAGCUGUAUUAUGAGUGUUGCAAGGAGCCGUAUCCGGAUGUGACUUUCACAGUAACAAUGCGCAGGCGCACUCUUUACUAUGGCCUGAACCUUCUUAUCCCUUGCGUCCUCAUGUCAGCCCUGGCCUUAUUAGUGUUUCUGUUGCCAGCUGACUCUGGAGAGAAGAUAUCACUAGGGAUCACUGUGCUACUUUCUUUAACAGUGUUUAUGCUCCUGGUAGCUGAGAUCAUGCCAGCAACGUCUGACUCUGUUCCACUAAUAGCUCAGUACUUCGCAAGCACCAUGGUGAUUGUAGGCCUUUCUGUAGUCGUUACAGUGCUGGUGCUACAGUUCCAUCACCAUGACCCGCAUGGAGGAAAGAUGCCAAAGUGGAUACGAGCUGUGCUUUUGAACUGGUGUGCUUGGUUUUUACGGAUGAAGAAGCCUGGAGAAGAUAGAAAGCACCUCACGUACAAAUACAAUCCACAUGUGCAUCAUUCCAGUGCCAGCAGCAUUGAGAUGAAUGUCAUACCUGGACAGCAAUCAACCAACGGGAACAUGAAUAUGUAUUUUGGCUACCAUGCUAUGGAUAGUCCUUGCUGCCCCCCCAGCACUGAUUCCGGGGUGAUGUGUGGAAGAACAACCAGCUCGCCCACAGAGGACCAUCAAACCAUUCCCACCAGGACUCUCUCAGAAAACAUCCCAGAAAUUGCUAAAAUCCUGGAGGAAGUGAAUUACAUUGCUAGCCGCUUCAGAGAUCAAGAUGAAGGAGAAGCAAUCUGCAGCGAAUGGAAGUUUGCAGCCGCUGUUGUUGAUAGAUUGUGUCUUGUAGCAUUUUCACUCUUCUCCAUUAUCUGCACUAUUACAAUAUUAAUGUCAGCCCCUAAUUUUAUAGAAGCUGUUUCCAAGGACUUUACAUAAUACACGCAAGCAAAAAAAAAGUUUGCAAUCACAAUAACUGAAGAAAGCAAACUAAUUGCAAAUAUACACAUCAUAAAAUAUUAAUCAUAUUAACAAGAAAAUACUGCAGCUUCUGAAAAUUACGGGAGUUUACAAAUUUUUGUCAAUGUGUUAAUCCUUCACUACACAAAUUUUGGAUUACGAAUUCCAUAUUUAAUUAUUAUUUUCUGUCUGUA